AUGCUGAUCUCAGGGCUCAAUUUGCAAACCCUCUUAAUACUCCUCGGCUCUGUAGCCUUGCUCCGCACAGCAAAGGUGUACACCAACUUCAGACGGGCUAUUCGAUCUAUCAGUGGUCCAAGGAACCUUCCUGGGCAUCGUACUUUCUUGAGCUCAUCAGCAAUCAUUGUCAAUUUUCUCCCUCCCAUACGCGGCAUAUCUCUGGGACGUGAUGGUCUGUGGAACUUCAAGCACUCAAUUUUUGCGGAAAAGGGGCUAGACAUAGUUAGUAACAUUGCAGCUUGGCCUAAAACCCGUGUUUCUCUCUGGAUCGCGGACGCGGAUGUCAUCAAGGAAAUUGUCUGGUCACGCUCCCUGUUUCCAAAACCUCUGCAACAGUAUAAAGUCCUCACCUUCUUCGGCGGGAACGUAGUCUCAUCAGAGGGCGAUGAGUGGAAGAGGUAUCGGAAGAUUGUCGCUCCCGCCUUCACAGAUCGCAACAACAAGCUUGUAUGGGACGAGACGUGCAGAAUCAUGCUUGACCUCUUCAAUAACGUCUGGACUGGAAAAGAUGAAGUAACUAUUGAUCAUGGUGUGGACUUGACGCUCCCGAUCGCCUUAUUCGUCAUCGGUGCCGCAGGGUUCGGUCGUCGUAUAUCUUGGCAAGAAGACGCAAUCAUUCCCCCUGGCCACAAAAUGACAUUCAGAGACUCGUUACAUAUUGUUACUACGAAUCUAGCCAUCAAGCUUGUAACUCCAAAAUGGGCCUAUGGUCUCAACAAACGACUGGAGCGAGUAGGGCUUGCGUUUGACGAAUUAGAGCGAUACCUGUACGAAAUGAUACAAUCCCGCAAGAGCGGCGAGAUCAAGGAAGAAAGGCACGAUUUAUUUAACAGCUUGUUGGCAGCAAAUGAUGAUAUGGACCUUAACACUGAUGAAGUGAGGUUGGCGGAUAGCGAGUUAGUUGCGUUGUAUCCAGACGAGCAAGAGAUCCUUUAUAAUCACGUCAAAAGCGUCUUACCCGAUGGCAGAAUGCCGACAUACGAAGAUAUGCCACAGCUCAAUCGCUCUUUGGCUGUAUUCAAUGAAACGCUUCGCAUGUUCCCUCCCGUGACUGGCAUACCAAAGAACAGCGCCGAAGAUGCUACGUUCGUUGUACGCAAUGCAGCAGGCGAGAAUACUACGGUAGCUGUCCCUAAAGACACAAAAUUGACUUUCGACGUGCCUGGACUGCACUAUAACCCUCGAUACUGGGAGGACCCUCACACGUUUAAACCUUCACGUUUCUUGGGAGACUGGAAUCGCGAUGCGUUCAUUCCAUUCAGUGCAGGACACCGCGGCUGUGUUGGACGAAAAUUCUCAGAAACCGAGGGCACCGCAGUGCUCACCCUUCUUAUCAUGCAAUAUAAGGUUGAGAUUCAGGACGAGCGGCAGUUUAGGUCGGAGACGUUUGAGCAGAAGAAGGCGCGCGUGCUUGAUAUAUCAGGGCUCAAUCUGCAAACUCUCUUAAAGCUCCUUGGCUCUGUAGCCUUGCUCCGCGCUGCACAAGUGUAUAUCGACUUCAGGCGGGCUAUUCGAUCUACUAAAUACCUUCCUGGCCAUCGCACUUUAUUGAGCUCAACGACAAUACUUGGCAAUCUUGUCCCUGCUAUACGUGGCAUAUCUCUUGGGCGUGAUGGUCUGUGGAACUUCAAGCACUCAAUUUUUGCGGAAAAGGGGCUAGACAUCAUUUCUUCCAUUGCAGCUUGGCCUAUAUCCCGCAUUUCCAUCUGGGUUGCGGACGCAGAAGUCAUCAAGGAGAUAGUUUGGUCACGCUCCCGGUUUCCCAAACCAUUGCAUCAGUAUAGCUUCAUCACUUUUUUCGGCGGGAACAUAGUCGUAUCAGAGGGCGACGAGUGGAAGAGGUACCGGAAGAUCGUCGCUCCCGCCUUCUCAGAUCGCAACAACAAGCUUGUAUGGGACGAGACAUGUAGGAUCAUGCUUGACCUCUUUGAUCAUGCAUGGGCUGGAAAAGAUGAAAUAACCAUCGAUCACGGUGUGGACUUGACGCUCCCAAUCGCCUUAUUCGUCAUCGGUGCUGCAGGGUUUGGUCGUAGUAUAUCAUGGCAAGAAGACGAAAUCAUUCCCCCUGGCCACAAAAUGACGUUCAAAGACUCAUUACACACCGUUACCACGAAUUUGAUCAUCAAGCUAGUUGUUCCUAAAUGGGCGUACGGUCUCAGCAAACGACUGGAGCGAGUAGGGCUCGCGUUUGACGAAUUAGAGCGGUACCUGUACGAAAUGAUACAAUCCCGCAAGAAUGGCGAGGCAAAGGAAGAAAGGCACGAUCUUUUCAACAGCUUGUUGGCAGCAAAUGACGAUGUGGACCUUACCUCUGAUGAAGUGAGGCUGUCAGAUAGCGAGUUAAUUGUGGCUGGACAUGAGACAACCGCGCAUUCUCUUUGCUUCUCACUUGCAAUGCUGGCGUUGUAUCCAGAUGAGCAAGAGAUCAUAUAUAAUCAAAUCAGAAGUGUCCUACCCGAUGGCAGAAUGCCGGAGCAGACAUACGAAGAUAUGCCACGGCUCACUCGCUCUUUGGCUGUAUUCAAUGAAACGCUUCGCAUGUUCCCUCCUGUGACUGGCAUACCGAAGACUAGCGUGGAAGACGCUACGUUCGUUGUACCCAAUGCGGCAGGCGAGAAUACUACGGUGACUGUUCCUCAAGGCUCAGUUAUGGAUCUCGACGUGGCUGGACUGCACUAUAACCCUCGAUACUGGGAGGAGCCCCAUACGUUUAAACCUUCACGUUUCUUAGGAGACUGGAAUCGCGAUGCGUUCAUCCCAUUCAGUGCAGGAUACCGCGGCUGUGUUGGACGAAAGUUCUCAGAAACCGAGGGCACCGCGGUGCUCACCCUUUUUGUUAUGCAGUUCAAGAUUGAGAUCAAGGACGAGCCGCAGUUCAGGUCGGAGACAUUUGAGCAGAAGAAAGCGCGUGUGCUUGAUGCGAAGAGUGGUAUAACGCUUGCGCCUACACGGACUCCUCUUGUAUUCAAGCGGAGGAAGUGA